AGUCAGCCGCAGCACUUCGGUUCGUUCAAAGCCCGAGUCCAAACUGCUUGAGCCUGUGAUGUGCGGAAGGGAGGCAGGUGCGGAGGUUGUCAAAGCCGCUAAGAACUUGUAAAAUUAGCUUUGUCAACUUGUAAAUUUCCUUGCGCGCUUGAGGGGAACGGCGUUAGAGGAGAAGUUGCUGACUUCCCAGUAGCGGUGUCACCAGAAGUUUUCCUCCUUGCGAUACAGCCUGUCACACAGCUGGAGGUUUUCUUUCACCCUGCUCCGCAGUUACCCUCUGUGUGAAGCGAUAGUUUCGCUGUGUGGUCGGUAUUAAAGAAGAUGCCUGUAGAUAGAAACUGUGUGUGUGAAGAAAAGACUUCCCACUGCAGCAGUUGAUUCUAAGGAAGGUUUUAAUUUUGGGCUUCAAGAAAGCUGAUUACUUCUUGGAUUACUUCUGCCUUGGUCUAAAAGAUAUCUUGAGGAAAAUGGAAACAGAUGAGGUUCAAGAUAUGUCCCAGGUUUCAGGAAAAGAAAGUCCUCCAAUUAGUGAUGUCCCUGAUGAUGCAGAUGAACCUAUGCCUGUACCAGAAGACCUUUCAACUAGUACUGGAGGACAACAGAAUGCUAAGAAUGAGAGAAUCUUGGCUGCAUACGGGGCAGAAGGCUUUAGGGACUUUCAUGCAAUAAUUCCCAAAUCUUUUUCCCCUGGUAAUAUUAAAAUAGAGACUCAGAGUGAUGAAGAGAAUGGGCGUGCCUGUGAAAUGAAUGGGGAAGAAUGUGCAGAGGAUUUACGAAUGCUUGAUGCCUCGAGAGAGAAAAUGAAUGGCUCACACAAUGGCCCAGGCAGCAAGGCUAUGUCAGCAGUUGGAGGCAUUCGACUUCCUAAUGGAAAGCUAAAAUGUGAUAUCUGUGGGAUAAUUUGCAUCGGCCCCAAUGUGCUCAUGGUUCACAAACGAAGCCACACUGGAGAACGCCCUUUCCAGUGCAAUCAGUGUGGAGCCUCCUUCACACAGAAGGGCAACCUUCUGCGCCACAUCAAGCUGCACUCGGGUGAAAAGCCCUUCAAGUGUCACCUCUGUAACUAUGCCUGCCGGCGCAGGGAUGCCCUCACUGGGCACCUGAGGACCCACUCAGUUGGCAAACCCCAUAAGUGUGGAUACUGUGGUCGCAGCUAUAAGCAGCGCAGCUCUUUGGAAGAACAUAAAGAACGCUGCCAUAACUACCUGCAAACCAUGAACAUCUCAAGCAGCCUUUAUUCAGUCAUAAAAGAGGAAAAUAACCAGAGUGAAAUGGCUGAAGACCUGUGCAAGAUAGGGUCAGAAAGAUCCCUCGUGCUGGAUAGACUAGCAAGUAACGUCGCCAAACGUAAGAGCUCUAUGCCUCAGAAAUUUGUUGGUGAGAAAUGCCUGCCCGAUCUUCCAUACGAUGCCACCACCAACUAUGAGAAAGAGAACGAGAUCAUGCAGACCCACGUUAUAGACCAGGCCAUUAACAACGCCAUCAGUUACCUGGGGGCAGAGUCCUUGCGUCCCCUUGUCCAGACACCGCCGGGUGGUUCCGAGGUGGUCCCUGUCAUCAGCCCCAUGUAUCAGCUCCACAAACCUCUGGGGGACAGCCAGGCUCGCUCCAACCACGCAGCUCAGGACAGCGCAGUGGAGAACUUGUUGCUGCUUUCCAAAGCCAAAUCCGUCUCCUCGGAGCGGGAUGCCUCUCCCAGCAACAGCUGCCAAGACUCAACAGAUACAGAGAGCAAUAAUGAGGAGCGCAGUGGUUUAAUUUACCUGACAAACCACAUAGGUCCCCACGCAAGAAACGGCAUCUCUAUAAAAGAAGAAAGCAGGCAAUACGAUGUCUUGAGGGCAGGUACUGACAAUUCCCAGGAUGCUUUCAAGGUGAUCAGCAACAGCGGGGAGCAGGUGAAAGUUUACAAGUGCGAACACUGUCGAGUCCUUUUCCUGGAUCACGUGAUGUAUACGAUCCAUAUGGGCUGCCACGGGUUCCGUGAUCCUUUUGAAUGCAACAUGUGUGGUUACCACAGCCAGGACAGGUACGAAUUCUCUUCCCACAUAACUCGAGGGGAGCACCGUUUCCACAUGAGUUAAAGCUGCUCCUCACCAGCUGCGUUACUGGAGCUGCAUGAGCCACAGCAGCAACAAAGCACAAGGCGACUGGACAGAAAAAGUAACAAGAGGAUCAAAAGUGCAGGUGUCUCCACAAGAAAAUAUUUUCCUUUUGGUAGCAUGCAGUCCAAAUCAGUUUUCUAAAAUGAGUACUAAAGUUUUUACUGAAAAUGUCUGAUCACCAAAAACCUUUAGUAACCUAAGUAGGAGCUUUUUGUAGUCACAUAGUUGAAAGCCCUUCCCUUAACUGAUGCUUCUUGCAAACCUGCCUUGCCAAAACUGUAAAUCAUGCACAGGAUGCACCACAUGGACAAGGACACAACAAGCAGGAGUGGCCAAGCCUUUUCUCUUAAAACCCUUAGCACAGAGCUCUUACACCAGACUUUUAAAAUUUUUUUUAACUUUCUGGUAUUAUUUGACUCUUUUGGGAUGAUUAAAAGAUGGAGAGGCUCAUCUCAGAUGACUUCACACACAACUGGGGGUGGGAUGGGAUCCCCCAGCCAGAGGGUCUUGAAUUGCUUUGGUGGUAAAAAGUAGAACUUCUCCAUCUCCAAAGGUGCUGCUGGCACAUCACGGCACACCUUGUUUGUGUCACCAGGCAGGCAAGCAGGUAUAUGAAAGAUAGAAGAAACACCCUUGUAAUGUACUCUGUGAAGUAUGAAUUGCAUUUAAUGUAUAGAAAAAGGGUAUUGUUGGCUCUUCUUUUAAUAAAUGUUCUCCCUCCCUAUCCAAUAAAAGACCACUUUUUGUUAAGCAACCCCUCCUCUCUCUGCAUAAACGUUACAGAGAUGUAUUUAAUUUUUCUUUCAUGUUUUAGUUAUUUAGAAAUGUAUGAUGUACAACUGAGAAAAGCACUAGCUAGAAAUACUUUUGGGAAAGAGUCUUUAUGUGCAUUUUUCAUCUUUUUAAAAUGCUUGGUAAAUAUCCACAUGUCCUUCUCUUACAUACAAAAAAAAAAUUCCAUUUGCUUGCACAGAAGAUGUCUUGUAGAUUAUUUGGCUCUACUUGUAAGUGUCUCACUUAAUUAUUUUUAAAGCACUGAGCUGAAUUAAACCAGCCAGUCAAAAUGUGUAACCUUCUCCAUUUCUCCUGGAACUUGCUGUUUAAUGAGGGACCAAGCCCCACAAAGGUGCUGAGAACUCUGGCUUCCUAUUCAACAAAUCAUUUCCCCAUGUGCUUUAAGUUACUUUUAUUUCACCAGAACUAAUCCUAAGAUUUAAAACAAAAUUAUGUUUUGCUGAAUGGAGACCAGACACUGCAGCACUUUGCAGAGUUCAGUAAAAUCCAGAGCUUACUCCACAGUGGGUUCUGCUGCAGAUAUUGUAAUUUCAGUUAGAAUUAAAACUUCUAUGAUUAAAAGAUUUUAACCUCAAACACAGCUGAUAUUAAAAAAAAAAUAUUUUUCUCAUCAUCUUUUUGACUUACUCUUCCCAGUUGUUCAUUCCUCUCCGUGAACACUCUCAUACUUAGUUUAAGAUUGGGCAAAAAAGAAAUUUUUGCAGCUGCAUAAAAAUCUGUCAUCAACGCUGCAAU